CUACAAGAUCGGCGAAAUCCUAUCAAUUUGCCGGCAGCCCGGUGGACCUGAGAAGAGCGGCGACCUCGCCGCUAAAACCUUCGCUCCCAGCCCUUGGUUUGUUCUACUGCUACUUCGUAGUGCCAGGUUAUCGUAGUAUCUAUGAACUUUUAAAUUGCAGCAGGCGGGGGCUAUAAUUAGCCUGCUAGGUCCCGGAAUCUUGUCAGGACCCGCAUGACACAAAGGGGAACAACCCGCGGGCUGGCGUGUAGUAGCUAUCAUACUUCUGUCAACUGCAUUAAAUUUAUACCAUCACUGUAGUGUGCUCAACAGGAGAAGACGGCCGACCGCUAAAGUGACUUCCGGCGCAGCUGCUUCGAGUUCUCAUAGGCGCGUAGAAGCCAACUUAUGAUUUACAACCUAUGGAAAGCAGGUAGCACAGUAGAACGGCUAGAAGGGAGCCCUUCCUGGUGUCAUGGCAGAACCCAGGCAUCGCGGCCCUUUCGCCUCGCCCCGCGUUAGCGUCACCAACAUCUCAGUUGAUUGUCACCUUGAGAGUAGCGCGACCUCCGGUGGGCGGAGUGCCAAGCCCGGCGGGAACACUCCACAGGCAGGCUCUCGGGGCGCAACCGACAGCCACAAUUUAAUCUCAACCAGCGGCGGCGCGCUGCCGGCCGGUGCGUCACCUCUUGGCAGGCAUUCACAUCAAGUGCGCGCCGUUUCAUCGCCCAUGCCGCCGAACGCGUCGUUCCCGCCCUCGCGGCCGUCAGCAAUAAAGCAGGCACUGGCGCAGCAGCAGCUCUCGCCCACUGGCCGGUCGUCGCGAACGAAGAUUGUGCCCGAGGGACACUCUGGGCCCACGGAGGAAGUGGUGGCCAAUGGCUCCCUGUCACGGGUGCAACUGCUGCCCCCGGGUUCGCCUCUCGAUGGCACGCCCAGUGGUAGCUUCCGUGCCGGCAGGGUCUUGGACGCCGUGCCUGGUGUGGAGCCGUCACACCCGCAGCAACCGGCGAUGCACUCCAGUCCAGCAGCUCCCACGCUGCAACUUCCGGCGCCGAUGCCCCAGCUCUCGGAGCUCUCCCGACCAGCUUCGACUUCCUUGAAUGGAGUGGUCCCAUUCAGCGGCGGGCCUGGUGCAGGUCUGAUCUCCUCACCGUCAUUUAAGGCUUCCGCAGCCCCGGCCGGUCCUGGAGUGGUGGUCGUGAAGGACGCCGUGAAGCUAGUGGUGCACCACUACAGGGCGGCCGAUGACGACUCAGACGAAGAGGACGACGCGGAUGCGUCGCGUCAAAACUCUGCCGCAAGUGACGGCGGCGGGCCGGCGCAGCCGCAGGGGCCGCAGGUGUCUGGACUUGUCCGCUUCCUGGCAGUGAUCUGCUGUAUGGCGCCGGCGAAGCCGCAGCGCAAGAAGCGGCGGCGGCGGCGCAGCCGCAAGCCCUCAGCGCUGUCGUCUGAUGUCCUGGCGCCCGAGGAGCAUUUGAUCGGUGCACACGAAAGGACCACAGACUUCAAGGGAAAGUACCAGCAGGCGCAGGCCAAGGCGCAGGCGCUGGUUCCGGUGCCGGCACUCAAGCGGUGCGCCAGCAAUGCUGGCUUCGCGCUGCUGCCGUCAGCCGAUGCCUCGGGCCACGGCACAUCGGUCUCGGGCACAGCGACCGAUGGCACCCGCACGGUCAGUGGCGGCCCCCGCCCGCCCCCGUCGUACGAGAUAUCGCCGUUCGCCAUGCAUUCGAUGCCGACUGGCGGCUCGCCGGUUUCGCGCACGGCGUCGCUGCGCUCUCCAGGCGGCGUGCGUCUGGGCGGUAUGCGCAGCUCACCCAUGCAGUCGCAGUCCGUGGACGGAUACAUGGACGUUGCGGGCUGGAGCCCGGUGGCGACGGCAGACCGUGGCGGCAGCGGGGGCGGCGGCAGCGGCAUGCUCUGCGGCGGCAGCCCCGAGGCCUACAUCCGGAACGCUAUGGUGGCUGGUGACAGCGGCCGUGGGCUGAGCCGCAUCAGCAGCUUCGACGGCCGCUCGUCCUCAGGGCCGCUGCCGGCGCAGCCGGUUGAGCCAUCAGACCAUCUGGUCCAGUGCUUCAAGCUGGAGCUGGCGGCCGGUGCGAGCGCGUGUCUGGACGGCGCCGGGUCCAUGGCGCCUGAUGCGCUGUCUGCGCGUCACCAUGAGCGGACUAUCACUGGCGGCAGCGUGAGCGGGUACGGGAAACGCGGUGUUCGGUGGCAGUAAGGGCGUGGCGCUGUGCCGGCCACUGGCCGGCGUGCAAUGAACGAAGAUACAUACAUCCCGAAUUGCGUCCAUCAUCUUUGACGUGACGACUCUUGUUUGCCAUUGCUGACGUGCCUGUGUGACCAGCAUUGUAUUGGAAAGUGUCGUAACCAGCGGCACCCGUCCCGAACUCCGGACACCCGACCGUUUACCAGCACUUGCUUGACGGGAAUGAAAUGGGCACCAGAACCUUGGCCUAAAGUUUUGCGAAAUUGCUAAAAGACGUCGUCAGUUGUAUUGACAAAGGGAAUCAUGGCUUGCCUCAGCGCGUGUGCUGGCUGCGUGAGUACGGGGUGCCGCAUGGUUCCGUCGUAAUGGAUGGCGCACGGCAUGCACGAGCACAGAUGCAGAGCGCGGAAUGGGCGGGUGUAAGACCCUUGGGGAUGUCAUGCAGUUGCGGUGAAGCCGCAUAUGUGCGUGGUUGAGGUACAUGGGCAGAUGGUGGAUGCGAACCGUGAUGGCUCGCUUUGGUGAGUUGUUGCAGCUCAUGCCGCAUCGACUGGAGAGUGGUUGCCGCCGUUUGGCGACCACAGCGCACAUGAAUUAUGCCUGAAGAGUGUCUGCCGAAGAGAGAUUCUUGCAUCGGGUGCGUGCUUUGAUUUACGCUAUUUAUGAACAGGGUGCGGCGGGAUAGCCUGACGUACCAGCCAGCCGCUUGCAAACCUGCUGGUCCGGUCUGAGGGAUGGGCGGGUUGUCCGUGUUGCGUUGACGCAGCCCGGAGCCGGAACUCCA